CUUAUCGUUGUGACGAUUGUGCAUUAUCGUCGGUGUCUUCCGGCGAAAUAUCAUGAACUAAGCCAGCUGUCUGUCGUAGAGUAGAGAUCUUGAAGUUGAAAAUGAAUGACUGAAUGAUAUCUAUGUGACCUUUUAAAUAUCCCAUGAUGUCACUCUAGCGGGAAUGAUGACACAGACUAAAGUUUGUUGUGUUUUCACAGUGUCACUGAAAAGCAACAGAACUUCACUGUGCUUCACGGUCGUGGUGUGACAAGUGUCAGUAAGAGAGGGGAGAGAAGUGUUAUGUAGAAAAGGACAACCCUUACGUAAGGUUUGCGCACGGAUCUCUGAGGCUAAGGCGGAGUUAUUGGUUAAUUGUCCUGAAACAUAUAUCUCCUCCUACUCCUUGGUGUGCAAAUACCUCCAAAUAGUCUUCCCAUUGUUGUGGUUGUUGUCAACACAAUACUUCAGGUGAAAUGUGACGUACGGGACAAUAUGUUGCGCCGGUCUGUGUCUCUCCCUCUGUGUUUGUAUGCCAGGCUCUUGCAAGGUGAACACUGGACAUUGGUCAAUUCUACCCUGAACAGACAAUGUAACCAUGGAAACUUGGACUCAUUCAUCUUCUGUGUCAGUGCCAGAUAUGUCCGACACUGUCAGUUUUCGACAUCUUCCAGUCUAGGCGUUGGGUACAAACUGGAGAACAACCUGAACGACUGCUUCUCCCUGCUGAAUAUUUCAGAAGAUGCUACAUUGGCUGAAGUGAGAGAAGCGUACAUAAAAUUUGCCAAGCUGUACCAUCCUGAUAGUGGAUCAACAACAGCAGACCCCAAGAAGUUUUCACAAGUGAAGGAAGCUUACAAGGCCAUACUGGAACAAAGGAAGGAAGGUGAAGAUUCUGAGAAGGAAGAAGCAGAGGAGGAAAUUGACAAAAUUAUCUUUGACAUCAAACACACAGCACCACAGCAUCGUCAGUAUCUGAGUUUUGAAGGCAUUGGAUCAGGAACCCCAAUACAGAGACAGAGAAUAUAUCAGCAAUAUCGUGUUGCCAAGGCAUCUGACAACGUCCUUGACUACCGUGUUCAGCGUCUAGCCAAUGAGGAAGAAUCUGCUGUCGUCGUGAAGGACAAGAUUGAAGCCAAGAAAGCCAAGAUAAGCAACGCCAUAGAACGCCUGGUAGAAGACAUGAUUACAGACUCAAUGAAGAACGGUGACUUUGACAACCUAGCCUUGAAGGGGAAGCCCCUGGUGUAUGAGAAUCGCAACCCGCUGCUGGACAUAGACACACACAACCUGAACAAGAUCCUCAUCAACAACGGGUACGCCCCCGAGUGGAUCACGCUGCAGGGCGAGAUCAGGAAAGAUAUCACAGAGGCAAGGACAAAACUGGCUGUCUUGAGGAGCAAGAUGGGUUGUCCGCCCUUUGAUUCGGAGGAUGCCAAAAAGUGGAAGUUACAAACGUCCAGACACCGAGGCAUCAUCACAGAUGUAAAUUUCAAGGUGGACAAAUUCAACAUGAUUGUCCCUUUCCUGGACAAACAGCUAGUGCGGUACGAUGCUGACCGGGACAUUCGCCGUAUCUAUGACAACUGGCAGAAAUAUCUACCUGACUCCCCGGAGGAUACGGAAGUUAUAUACGAUUCAAAUUUUAAAUGGCACCAUUCUCACUACCAGGUAUCUCACGAGAGAAUUAACUGGGCUGAAGUUUGGAGUAACAUUAGAGCUGUGUUUAAAUAAUGAUGAUGAUGAGGAAGAGGAUGUAGGAGGAUGAGGAGGAUUUAGGAUGAGGAUGAUGAUGAUGAUGAUGAUUACAACGAUAAUGGACUUUUAUAAACACCUGUAUCCAUGCACUUGUGCAUUCUCAAGGUCGUAAGACAUUAUUACCCUGGUGAGUUUAUCACUAUUCAUUUAGGUCAAAAUAAUCCAUAAAUGAUUUAUAUACUGGUAAUUCAAAUAUGGCCUUUUGAAAAAAAUAUUCAUCAUUCAGUAGUGUUCGUGAUAUUUAUUUUUAAAUAAUACGUUAAAAUUCAGUAAUUAGUUGACUGGAAAUACAACAGUCAGUUGUAAAGUUUGGUUGAGGAAGGAUGUUGAAUAUGAGCACAAAUAAGUUUAACUUCAAAUAGUAAUCUCUUGCAAGUAUGUUCAGUAGGGUGAAAUGUUAAAUGAAAAACGUCCUGAAAACAAACGAUCUCUGGAUUAUUUCAGUAUUGACAACUAUAUAUAUGACUGUUGAAGAGUUACUUCCCUUCCAUUUUGGGAUUUCCGUAUUACUGAAAGAAGGGAAAACUAUAUGCUUAAACUGGUAAUAUUAUAGUUAUUGAAUUAAUAAGCCAGAUAAAUCAAGUAUAUGUAAUAAAGAAAUAUAUAUGUACAUAUUUGCAAAAUUGAAUGCAUUUGUUUGAUAUGAUAUAAAGAGCAACACUGUGAUAGAAAAUGAUUGAAAGUGGUGUGUCUUCAGUUAUCUUGGCACAAGAGAGUCUUAUAAAACCCUUGUAUAUAUCUGUGUGGGGGACAAUGUUGAGCUAGGCUCCAAGGGCCAUAUCAGCGUAUAUAUGGAUAAAAAUAUGCACGAACGGUAUGAAAUAAUUUUGAAAGUAGCAAUUGUGUACGGUCUUACAAUCAUUUCGUAUUUAUCUGACAAAGUAUUGUUUUAACUUUUAUUGUUCAUUGACGUGUUUACACAAGAGAGCAAGUGCAUAUAUGAAGCGAAACACAAGAUUACUGAUACUCCAUUAAAUUCCUUCAGUACUCUAAAUGAACUCUUAAGGUUUUAUCUGUAUUGAAAAAUAAGGAGUUCAGUACUCGUUACGUUGAAAAAUUAUCUGGAGCCCUGAUAUGUUAAUAUAAACUUCAUAAAAAAAAGUUUACAAACCCUUCAAAUUAGUGAAUGUUCCAUGAUAUCUCUAUUUUUCUUUUGAGUGGUAUGUAUGUUAAAACUUAAUAUUGUCCAAGUGAUUGUUUCCUUGUGAAAGUCUAAAAAAUUAUGAAUAUUAAUAAAUCAUGAAAAAUG